CUAUAGACAAAUUUCCCAUUAUAAAAAAAUUAUAAGAAAACUCCAAAAUGAGAGGCCUUAGCCUAAUAGUAGUGCUAGUGGCAUUGGUGCAAUGGAGUACCGGUUACAGUGCUUACAAUAGAGCAUCAGCUGACUGUGGUCCAUAUGCCUGCCCCUAUACCCCAGCAAGUAAUGCUCAAUACACCUCUUCCUAUUCCUCAUCCUCUGCAUCCUCCUCGUCCUCCUCAUCCUCCUCCUCAUUUGGCUAUGGCUCCUGCUGCAAUCUUAACAGCUGGGCUUAUGCUCAUAUAGAUGAUAUUAGGCAAUUUGCCAAUCGUCUAAGGCAGGAAUACAGCAGCAUGUCCUCGGGCUCUACCUCUGGCCAUAGCAUGAGCUAUACUCCCUGGACUGAGAGCAUUAUCAGCUUGACUGGUAAAACUUCUGGAGAAUUGGAUGCCAUUUGCCGCCUGCAAGGCGAACAAUUGGUUAAUGAUAUGCGCAGUGGUGUGGUCUCCUAUACCGUCAUUGCCCAACCCAAUUUCUUUGAAUGGAAAUCCUCCGAUAUCUUGCAGAAAUAUGCCGUUGCUGGUAUGGACUAUGGUCAGCAGCAAGCUUUGAAUUUGGACUUGUCCACUUUUGAUGAUGUCAAGACCUACAACUACCCCACAGAGGUUAAGGUUGUGGAUGGCAAAACCAUUGUGGUGCACAAGAAUGUUACGGAGGCCCAUAAGAGUGGUGGUGAAGGUACCUACGAGAAUCCAUACAUUACCGUUGUCAAGAGAAAUCGUACCGUUGUUACCACUAACACUGUGCCCGUGUUUACCGGCUCAUAUUCCACACCUGGUGUAGGAACUUAUAAUACCGGCAGCACUUAUGGCUCCUCCAAUGCUGGUUAUACCACCACUGGUGGUCAGGUUUAUGUUCCAGCUGGACAAACUGUUGUUACUCGCAAGAAGACCAUUUACGAUUGGGUCAAUCAAAAUAUGGAACCUAGUGUGGUGGGUUACAGUCCUGUGGUCAAUGUUAAUACUAACUGGGGUGCCAGCUCCAAUUUAUACAAACCUCCCGUACAUAUACCUGUAGAUACUUCAGCUAAAUCUGAAGUUGAAACCUUUAAUACUGGUUCUCAAGUUUAUCAGCCCAGCUAUCGUCCCGGCUCCACUGUCACUGUCAGACGCUACAACAAAACGAUUAUUACCAAUGCUGAUGGCACCGUUGUCUCGGGUUCCGAGAGCCAUAAAAAAUGGGUAGAUGGUAAAUUGGUUUAUGAUACUGAACGUCCUUUCGGUGAGUGGUCGGUGCCACGUGAUGAGGAGUGGAAACGUGAGGAACGUGAACGUUUCUUCUGGUUUUUGACUUCCGGUAACAUUACUCCCCAAAGUUUGGAGGCUUGGCAAAGACAACAAGAAGAAAGACUUUUGGCUUUGGCCGAUCGUUAUCACUGCACUGUGGAUGAGAUCCAGGAAUGGCAUCGCCAGGAAUUGGAACGUUAUCGUGUAUUGUUGGGUCAAUAUCGUGCUCAAACUAAUGAUGAUACUACCUGGAAGCGCAUGGAACGUGGUCGUCUCGAUUGGUUGAUCCAUCAGAAUAGUGUUACUCGUGAGGAAUUGGAGAGAUGGCAAAAGGAAAAUGCCGAUAAAUUGGCCCAUUUGGCCAGACAAUAUCGCAUUACUGUAGAUGAACUUAAGACUUGGCAAAUUGAUGAAUUGGAUCGUCUCUAUGUUUUCUUCAACGAUCAAAAUAACUCCAUGAUUUCCCGGCCCAAUACCGAAUCUCUUACACGCACCAGUGAACAAGAGCGUUUAGAGGAACUCAUAAGACAACACAAUGCCACCAUUGAUCAGUUGCAAAACUCCAUUAAACUGGAUCAACAGAAAUUGACUGACCUUUCCUCCAAGUAUCGUGGUAAUGUUGGUGAUUUGGAGAAAUGGCUGAAAGGAGAAUUGUCCCGCUUGGGCGGUAUUAUCACCGAACAACGCAAUGAAAUGACCCGCAUUACUGAAUGGCAAAGAACUGAACGUGAUCGUUUGGAAAAUAUUGUGAAAAACCAUCGUGGUUCAGUUGGUAACAUUGAUGAACAAAUGGCCAAGGAUCGCAUCUACUUGCAAACGCUAGCCAAUAAAUACCAUGUCAGCAUUGAAGAGGUAGAGAAAUGGCAAAGACAAGAAUUGGAACGUUUGCAAAAGGAAGGUCAAUUGCAAAUUGAAUUGGGCAUUAAGGAAUGGCAAAUGCGUGAACAUGAAAACCUUAAGAAACUCAUUGCCCAAAACGAUCUAACCGUUGAGGAAUUCCAAAGCCAAAUUGUCAACGAUCGCCAGAAAUUGCAAAACUUGGCCAGCACUUACAAUGUGCAAGUUAAUGAGAUACAAGAAUGGCUCAGAAAGGAAAUCCAUGAAUUGAAGAAUGAAGGUUUCCUCAACGAAGUCAAGAAAGAAUUGUCCGAAUGGCAGCAAAAGGAAAGAGAACGUUUGAUUACCAUUGUCCAACAAAGCCAGGCUACCGUGCAAGAUUUGGAGCUCAAGAUUAAGACCGAUCAAAGUCAUUUGAAUCAAUUGGCUGCCAAUUAUAAUGUGCAAGUUUCCGAAAUCGAAGAUUGGCUUAAGAAGGAACUUAUGCGUUUGCAAUCCCAAGGUUUGGUAAAGGCUGAAGAUCUUAAAGAAUGGCAAAAGGCCGAGAGAGAACAGAUUAUUGUUUUGCUGCAAAACAAUAAAUUGACCAUUGAAGAAUUCGAACGCAAACUUUUGUCCGAUCGCCAAAAGUUGGCCGAUUUGGCCAAGAUGUACAAUGUCAAGACUACCGAAAUUGAAACCUGGAUUAAGAAAGAAGGUGAACGUUUACAAACCAUGGGCUUGCUACAAAUCCAAGAACAAUUGAACAACUGGCAACAGAUUGAACGUGAGCGCAUCAUGAAUUUGUUGCAACAAAACAAUUUGUCCAUUAAGGAAUUGGAAGAAAAGAUCAAGAACGAUCAAACUCAUUUGUACAGCACUGCUCACCAACAUCAAGUACGCGUUGAGGAAAUCGAAGAAUGGAUCAAGAAGGAAAUCCAAAGAUUACAGGCUGAAGGUUUGGUGGAAUUGGAGAAAUUGAAGGACUGGCAAAACGAGUGGAGAGGCAACUUGACCAAUAUGGUUAAGGAGCGUGACUUUACCGUGGAGGAAUUCCACAAAUGGUUGUUGGAAGAUCGCACCAGAUUGCAAGCUUUGGCCAUGCAACAUAAUGUCAAGAUCGAAGAAAUCGAGCAAUGGGUAAAGAAUGAAGAACAAAGAUUCGUAGCCAUGGGCUUGUUGAAGCCCAAUGAGAAACUCACCAACUGGCAAGAAGUUGAAAGACGUUAUUUGGAACGUAUUACCCAAGAACAAUACCAAUCUACCGAACAAUUGGAACAAAGAUUGAGACAAGAUCGUGAAUUAUUGGAGAAAUUAGCCAGAGAUUAUCAGAUACAAGUAGAAGAAAUCGAAUCGUGGAUGAAGAAAGAAUUGGGUAGAUUGCGUGAUGAAGGUCAAUUGCAAAUUGAUAAUCUCACCUCCUGGCAAAUAGCCGAAAGAGAACGUUUAGAUACUCUGCUGAAACAAAACAAGCAAUGGUCUGUAGAAGAAUUCGAACAAGUCUUGAGACAAGAUAGAGAUCACAUGCAGAAGACCGCCUUCCAAUAUCACACCUCCGUGGAGGAGAUUGAAAAGUGGAUCCAAAGUGAAGUUAAUCGUUUGCAACAACAAGGCAAAUUGAACAUUGAAAAAAUGACUCAAUGGCAAAAGGAACAACAACAACGCAUCUUCAAUCUGUUGCAACAACAGUCCAGCAUUACCGUGGAAGAAUUCCAAGUCAAGAUACAAAAGGAUAGAACUUUCCUUAUGAACUUGGCCAGACAGUAUCACGUCAAUGUCAACGAAGUAGAACAAUAUGUGCAAAAGGUCAUACAAGAUUUGAAGGAAAAGGGUAAAUUCGAAUUGGAACAAUUGAAGGGUUGGCAAUUGGCUGAACGUGAUUACAUUCUGAAUCUUAUCAAGGAACACAAAAACAAAUGGAGCACUCAGGAAUAUGAAGACAAAUUAAGAAACGAUCGUGUUCAUUUGAACCAAUUGGCCGAUUACUAUCGCGUCAGUGUCAAGGAAGUAGAAGAAUGGAUGAUCAGAGAGCUAUUGCGUUUGAGAAAGGAAACUGGUGAACAAAUUGCCAAGCUCUCCGCCUGGCAAGUGUCUGAAUUGGAAAGACUUAAGCAAAUGAUUAGAGAGAACAACCGCUUGAACUAUGUACAAUUCGAAGUUGAGUUGAAAAAGCAGAAGGAUCACAUUUUACAGCUCUCCCAACAAUACUCGGUUAGUGUUACUGAAGUUGAACAAUGGCUUAGAGAACAAUUGUUGAAUUUGAAGACCACCGGCGAAGUACAAGUGGAAAAUCUUACCAAAUGGCAAGAAGAUGAACAGAAGCGUUUGAUUGCCUUGUGUUUGCAGCAACAAAGAGAACUAACCAAUGAAGAAUUCGAGCAACAAUUGAGAAGAGAUAGAGAGAGAUUACAAAAACUCUCCAUGGAAUACAAUGUAUCCGUGCAACAAAUCGAACAAUGGAUGAAGGAUGAGUUACAAAGAUUGAAGAACUCCGGCUUAGUGCAGGUGGAACAAUUGUCCUACUGGCAAAAGAUUGAAAGAGAGCGUCUGCAAGACUGGUUGAAACAACAAAACAAGGCUGCCACCACCGAACAAUUGGAUUCAUUUAUCAAACGUGACAAGGCAAGAUUACAGCGCAUAGCCCAAGAUUACCAUGUAACCGUGGAUGAAAUUGAGUCCUGGGUAGAACAGGAGGGAGCUAGACUUCAAUUGUUAGGUAUGGUUAAGGGAAAUGAUAAGAUUAACGAUUGGGAAUUCCAUGAAUCCUGGUCUACCAACCAACCCCAAAACUGGAACAACCAAGGUAUGUUCACCAAUGAAGAGAUCUGGAAAGAACAAACCAAGGCCCAUUUGCAAGCAGUGGCCCAAGUUAAGCCCAUGUCUUGGCAAGAGUUCGAGCAAUACUUGAAGAAUGAACGUGUGCGUUGGGAACAAUUUGCCAGACAAUACAAUAUUACCGUCGAAGAAAUUGAAACCUGGUUGAGACAAGCUGCUCAAGAAUUGGUGCCUCAGGGUUUUAUCCAUGGCAAAGUGAUCGUUGAAGAAUGGGAAACUCAUGAACAAAACCAUAUUCAGCAAUUGAUCAACGAUAAAUUGCGCAAGCAACAACAAUGGUCUAUCGAAGAAUUUGAAAGACAAUUGAUCAAUGAUCGUGAAUAUUUGCAACGUUUGGCCCAGCAAUAUCACUUAACAGUGGAACAAAUCAUUGAGUGGUACAAAUUGGAAUUGCAAAAGUUAUUGAACCAAAGAAAAAUCGUUACCGAAAAUCUUACCGAAUGGCAAAAGGAUGAAAAAGAUCGCCUGUACAAUUUGAUCAGCAGAAAUCCCUACAAAACCCAAGAACAAUGGGAACAGGAAAUUUUGAAAGAUCAAACCACCCUCAACAGAAUCUGUGAUCAAUAUCAUGUAACCAUUGAAGAAGUCGAAAUUUGGAUUAGAAACGAAAUUAAGCGCUUGGGUAAUUUGGGCUUGAUUAAGAGCUAUCAAACUGGCACUGGCUCUGCUACCCAAUACAAUGGUUGGCAGGAAAAGGAAAGACAAAGAUUGAGAGCUAUUGCCGCUGAACUCUCCAUAACCGAAGAGGAAUUCUUGGAGUUCAUAGCCCAAGAUGAUUACUUCCAAAGACAAUUGACCCGCAUGUAUGGCUGUACUCUAGAAGAGUUGGCUCCCUUCCAAAAGGUAUACAUUAGCAUCAUGAACAGAGAGGGUUUGUUGGAUAGAACUACCUUGCUGAAGGUGGAACCUUGGCAGAAGUUGGAGAGAGAUCGUUUGUAUAACUUCAUCAAGGAUAAGAGCUAUACUUUGGAAAAUUUGCAGAACUGGCAGAAACAGGAAAUGCUGUUCAAUGGCUUGGCCUCCAAUUACGGUAUGACCGCUCAGGAGCUUAAGGAUUGGCAAAUACAAGAAUUCGAGCGCAUACAAAAAUUGGCUCAAUACUACCAAAUGAAUCUCAAUCAAUUGCAAGAUUUCCGUGACAAGGAAUUACGCUUCAUCACCUAUAUUAUGCACAAGAAGACCGCCUCCGAACCAGAGCGCAUACAAUGGGGUUCGAACGAGAGCAAACGUUAUGGUGUGUUGCAACGUAAGACCGGCUUGCAGGGAGAAGAACUCGUACAGUGGCGCCGCAAAUUGUAUCUGCUAAGUCAAGCUCGUUUGCCAUUCAGUUAUGGCGGCUAUGGUGGCUGGGAAAAUGGUCCCGGCACUACCAAUCGCACUGCCUUACCCAGACCAAUUAUCUCCAUGGAUCGUGGUGAUCAACCCCCAAAUGUAUUCGAUGAAAACAUGGACAAUGAUGAACCUGGUGUAGCUGGCUCAAAAUAUGUAUUGCCUUCUCCACCUAGUGCUCAAAUGAAAAUGGAACCCACUCAGCAUACUGGAGGCUAUGGAGUUUCGCACUCGUCAUCGGGUGGUUAUGCCCAACAUUACACUCAUGGUGCGGGAGCUGGUGCUGAUGAUUAUGGUCAGCAACAAGUGCAAAUGGAAGAUGAUUAUGGUCAACAAGUUCAAGUAGAAGAUCUAUCAGGAACCUUUGGUGGAGCUUCUUCCUCUGCUUCCUCAUCUUCCUCUUAUACUCAAGGAGGUCAUGGUUAUGGUCAAGGUUAUGGUCACGGUCACGGUCAUGGCUAUGGUCAUGGUCACGGUUAUGGCCACGGUCAGCAGCAACAACAAGUUGAAGUUGAAGAUUUAACUGGCACCUUUACCCAUCAACAGCCAAUGCAAAGCGAAAAACAAGUUGAUGUUACUGGGCAACUUGAAGUGCAAGCUGAAGCUGAAAAACCUGGUCUCAUCUCCAGAUUGAAAAAUAGAAUCUUCGGUUAAUUUACUCCUUUGAUUUUCAUAAAUUAAAUAAAUACUCUUUAAGACUCUGUAAAAACAUUUUCGUUGUUAAGCAGCUGAAAACAAAAUAAUGCCAUGUUUCGUUAAAUUUAAGUCAUAUUUGCCAUAUAUAUAUUUUUUUGUUUGUUUUUUAUUUAAAUUUUUAGUUUGUUUAACUGUAGUUUUUAAGAAAUUUUUAUAAUUUUGGAAUAUAAGAAACAACGAACGAAAUUUUUGUAUGAAAGAAAAAGUAUAUUAUUAUUAAAUUAAUAUUAAAUAAAGCUAAACUUAAAAUAAAUAUAUUAAUAAAAAAAAUAA